UGCGCCACCAGGGAGGCCCCCAGUGUACUUUUUACCUUGAGUUUAGUUGGUGCAAUUCUGCCUCCCUGAGAUGUGUUCUAACUUUUUACAAAAUACUUAAAAAAAAAAAAUACUUCUUUGUGUUAGCCACCUGAAUGCCUUUUUCACAAUGAUAGCGAGAAAACACUUCUUAUUGGACCCAUAGCUUUUAUGUUCCUCAUCCUGUGCUUCCUGUAGCCUGCAGAUGAAGGCAGUUUUCAGAGCAUGCAGGUAAGAAUUUUCUAGAUAACAGUGGAAGAAUCUAGGUCUGUGUUUACAGAUUUCCAAAAGUUUUUAUAAUUAGGUUCUUCAAGAUGCACUGAUUGUGCUGGCAGGGACUAGGACUAGUAAAAGGUGAACUGAAAUAGCUAGUUGAACUAGACUAAACACAGAAUUCAACUCUGAACUAUUUUGAAAGCAGCAGGUUCUCCCUCCUAAAUGUGCCUGUGACUUGUCCUGGCUUCCAGGGGAAGGCAGUAGAGUGCAAAGGAUUCAGGUGUUCUCCUGGGAAUUGGAAGACCCGUAUUAGCAAUUUGCUGAGCACGUAACCUCAGUUUCCUACCAUUGACACACCCCAUAGGGAGACCUAGGUGAAGCAGCAUAGUAGGUUGUGGAAAAUCCUCAAUAAGUGAGGUCCUGCUUUCAGUUCCUACUCAACAUUGCUACAUGAGGGGUUUCUUAACCACACACUGGACCUUGUGAAUCUCACAUUUAAAAGCUCCAGCUCCCCACCUAUAGAACUCUUUAGAAUCUCUUAGUAUCUGGCCCCUGAUCCUUUCAACCCUGACCUGCCACUCCUUCCUGCAUCCCCUGAGGUUGUGCCCUGUGGACUUGUGGUGUUUGCUUUGCUGGUCCUCUGCCCUCUUGAAACCCAGUUCAAAUGUCACCUCUUUGAAUAGGCCCCACCCAUCCCUCAUCCCAGAUGUGCCCUUCUCUGAACCACGUAGCAGUGGCACAUAACUCUGCUGGUAGUACUUACCACAUCAUUUGCUUUCCCCUGUAGACUAUGUUCUGAGAUCAUUGGGUCAUAUCUCUGUCUCUGGUGCCUUACCUUUUACUUUUAGAAAGAAUUAUUAGAUCGCCACCUGUAAGCUUACUUUUAAAGAACAAAUAUUUUAAAUACCAUAAAUAAGGGAGGUGGAUUUUAUGAAGAUAGUCUGUUUUCUUCGUCUGGAGUGUGUAUGUGUGAGUGUCUCACAUCCCUUACUACACUGCCAUGGCCAGCCCCAACCUGAAAAGCACUUUUCCCCUUCCAGAAGCAGCUUACACAUCUGGGAGCCUUUCCCGCCUUCCUACAGAAUUAGCCUGGCGUGUGGUGAUGUCACCCAGACUCCUCCGAGCCCUGGCCGCAUCUCACUGCUUUUUGUCAAAAGCUUGUCAGUGCCAAAGACUUCGUCGGACGUUCAGCCCACGUAAGGAAUUCGUGGCUCCAGCAUGCAGCACUCACACGCGGAGUCAAAACCUGGAUUCGUUCUUCCCUGCUCCAGCAGCUGGUGGUGUGAGUACGUGUCAGAUCCUGGACGUGAACCAGAAGAUAGCAGGUGCGAGCGUGCUCUCUCCUCUGAACACUGUGCUUGGCCAAGAUGAAAAAGCUCCCCCUCCAACCAGGAAACCAUUUGGUACUCACAGGAAACUGACUCACAGCCCAAAUCUGUUAGAUUCUACGAGGUUCAUAAAAAUAUUAGAGAGACAUUAUUCAUCACCAUCAACGGAAACACUCUCUCCUAAACAAGACUUGCCACAAAUCAAGAGACCACUGAAGGCAUCGAGGACCAGGCAGCCGUCCAGGACCAACCUCCCAGUUCUGUCUGUGAGCGAGGACCUGAUGCACUGCACAGCGUUUGCAACUGCAGAUGAGUAUCAUCUUGGAAAUCUCUCUCAAGAUCUGGCCUCCCAUGGAUAUGUCGAAGUAACAAGCCUGCCAAGAGAUGCGGCAAAUAUUUUGGUGAUGGGCGCGGAAAGUUCUGCAAAGGAAGGUGAUCCAGGAACAAUGUUCUUCUUCAGGGAAGGAGCUGCUGUGUUUUGGAAUGUGAAAGACAAAACUAUGAAGCAUGUGAUGCAAGUUCUAGAAAAACAUGAAGUUCAGCCCUAUGAAAUUGCACUGGUCCACUGGGAGAAUGAAGAGCUUAACUACACAAAGACAGAGGGGCAAUCAAAACUUCACCGAGGGGAAAUCAGGUUAAAUUCAGGGCUUGAUUUAGAUGAUGCCAUCCUGGAGAAAUUUGCUUUCUCGAAUGCUCUUUGCCUUUCAGUGAAACUGGCUAUUUGGGAAGCAUCACUGGAUAAGUUUGUUGAAUCUAUUCAGUCAAUCCCAGAGUCUCUAAAAGCUGGGAAGAAAGUGAAACUCUCUCAUGAAGAAGUUAUGCAGAAAAUGGGUGAACUCUUUGCCCUAAGACACCGUAUAAAUUUGAGUUCCGACUUCUUGAUCACUCCCGAUUUCUACUGGGACAGAGAAAACCUGGAAGAACUUUAUGAUAAAACCUGUCAGUUCCUUAGUAUUAAUCGUAGAGUUAAGGUCAUGAAUGAAAAACUUCAGCACUGCAUGGAGCUCACCGACCUCAUGCGGAAUCACCUUGCAGAGAAGAGGGCACUGCGCCUGGAGUGGAUGAUUGUCAUUCUUAUCACCAUCGAGGUGAUGUUUGAGCUGGGCCGAGUAUUUUUUCAUAUCAAGUGAUGACCAAAGGGAAAGUGUCCUUGCAAGAGAGAUCCAAGUUCUACAGUCAGAAUCAAGUGUUCACUCUUGGGGCCAUCUCUUAUUUAAUGGGUAUUUAAUUUUUUUAAAUAAAAUUAUUAUAAUGGUCACUUUCAGCCCCUAAUGUAUGUUGCUGCUUAAAUAAAAAUUAU